CUGUGUGCGCCUGCGCGGCCAGACGUGGCAUCCGUGUGAUGGCUCCUGCCGGGCAGUGCUGGGGGAUGAGGGGAAGAAGAAUGCUGCUGCUCCAUGUCCUGAUUAUCUUCCCGUCCAUCCUCCUGGCGCUGAAAAUCUCUCCGCUCAUUGAAAAAAUCAGCGAGCACAAGGACUUCAAGAAGCUGCUGCGAACCCGAAAUAACGUUCUGGUCCUGUACUCCAAGUCAGCCCAGGCGGCUGAGCGUCAGCUGAAGCUGUUGUCGGAUGUCGCGCAGGAUGUCCGGGGUAGAGCUACCGUGGCCUGGAUCGACUGUGGUGAUUCGGAGAGCAGGAAACUAUGUAAGAAGAUGAAAGUGGAUCCCGCCGCGAAGACUGGAGGCACCGAGCUGCUGCACUACAAAGAUGGAACAUUCCACACAGAGUACAACAGAGCAGCUACAUACAAGUCUAUGGUGGCAUUUCUAAAAGACCCAGAGGGGGCGCCACUGUGGGAGGAGAAUCCUGAGGCCAAAGACAUCGUCCAUAUCGAUAGUGAGAAGGAUUUCCGAAAGCUUCUGAAGAAGGAAGACCGCCCCAUGCUAAUGAUGUUUUACGCCCCAUGGUGCGGAGUGUGUAAGAGGUUAAUGCCGGCGUACCAACAGGCGGCCACCGAGCUGAAAGGCACCUAUGUUUUAGCCGGGAUGAACGUCUUCCCUCCAGAAUUUGACAGACUGAAGGAAGAAUACAAUGUGAAGGGUUACCCCACAGUUCUGUAUUUUGAGAAAGGUAAAUAUAAGUUUAAUUUUGAGAAGUAUGGAGCCACUGCCAAAGACAUCACAGACUGGCUGAAAAAUCCUCAGGCUCCGGCCCCUGAACAGCCUGAAGUGCCGUGGUCCGAGCAGGAGAGCGCUGUCCAUCACCUGACCGACGCUGACUUUGACCAGUUUGUUCAGGAUCACCCGUCCGUGCUCGUAAUGUUCUACGCCCCAUGGUGCGGACACUGCAAGAAGAUGAAACCGGACUAUGAAAAGGCGGCCGAAGUCCUGAGCGAGGAAAGUGCCUCCGGUGUGUUAGCGGCUGUGGACGCUACGGUGCACAGAUCUCUGGCUGAGCGGUUCCACGUCUCGGGGUUCCCGACCAUGAAGUAUUUUGCAGAUGGUGAGGAGAAGUACACGGUGCCCCACCUGCGCACCGAGCAGAAGAUCGUGGAGUUUAUGCACAACCCUGAGGCCCCGCCUGCUCCAGAACCACAAUGGGAAGACAAGCCAUCGAGCGUGCUGCACCUCCUGGGGGACGACUUCAGGGAAUCUCUGAAGAAGAAGAAGCACGCCCUGGUCAUGUUCUACGCACCCUGGUGUCCUCACUGCAAAAACGCAGUUCCCGAUUUCACGACCGCGGCAGAGGAGUUCAAAGAAGAUCGCAAGAUCGCGUACGCCGCUGUGGACUGCACCAAAGAGAAGAACCAGGAUCUGUGUAAGCAGGAGGGGGUGGAGGGCUUCCCCACCUUCAGCUACUACAACUAUGGGAAGUUCACCGAGAAGUACAACGGGGAGCGCUCGGAAUCUGCGUUUAUUUCGUUCAUACGGUCGCUCAGAGAAAUGGAUCACGUAAAGCUGGGGAAGAAGAAGGAGGAACUGUAAUCCCAAUCCCUGCAGUGCAACAUGGCCCCCCAGCCUCCGGGUCUGAGAAGAAUGUGUCCUAGUACAUUGAAGACCCUGCACCCCUAAUCUCCAGUGCACUGUAUGAAGACCCUACACCCCUAAUCUCCAGUGCACUGUAUGACGACCCUACACCCCUAAUCUCCAGUGCACUGUAUGAAGACCCUACACCCCUACUCUCCAGUGCACUGUAUGAAGACCCUGCACCCCUAAUCUCCAGUGCACUGUAUGACGACCCUACACCCCUAAUCUCCAGUGCACUGUAUGAAGACCCUGCACCCCUUAUCUCCAGUGCACUGUAUGAAGACCCUACACCCCUAAUCUCCAGUGCACUGUAUGACGACCCUACACCCCUAAUCUCCAGUGCACUGUAUGAAGACCCUGCACCCCUAAUCUCCAGUGCACUGUAUGAAGACCCUGCACCCCUAAUCUCCAGUGCACUGUAUGACGACCCUACACCCCUAAUCUCCAGUGCACUGUAUGAAGACCCUACACCCCUAAUCUCCAGUGCACUGUAUGACGACCCUACACCCCUAAUCUCCAGUGCACUGUAUGAAGACCCUGCACCCCUAAUCUCCAGUGCACUGUAUGACGACCCUACACCCCUAAUCUCCAGUGCACUGUAUGACGACCCUACACCCCUAAUCUCCAGUGCACUGUAUGAAGACCCUACACCCCUAAUCUCCAGUGCACUGUAUAAAGACCCUACACCCCUAAUCUCCAGUGCACUGUAUGAAGACCCUACACCCCUAAUCUACAGUGCACUGUAUGAAGACCCUGAACCCCUAAUCUCCAGUGCACUGUAUGAAGACCCUGAACCCCUAAUCUCCAGUGCACUGUAUGAAGACCCUUAACCCCUAAUCUCCAGUGCACUGUAUGAUGACCCUACACCCCUAAUCUCCAGUGCACUGUAUGAAGACCCUGAACCCCUAAUCUCCAGUGCACUGUAUGAAGACCCUGAACCCCUAAUCUCCAGUGCACUGUAUGAAGACCCUGAACCCCUAAUCUCCAGUGCACUGUAUGACGACCCUACACCCCUAAUCUCCAGUGCACUGUAUGACGACCCUACACCCCUAAUCUCCAGUGCACUGUAUGACGACCCUACACCCCUUAUCUCCAGUGAACUGACCCCUAACCUCUAGUGCACUGUAUGAACAUCCCCUAAACUUAAAUGCACUGUAUGAAGACCCUGGUGAACCAAGUUUGCAGUGCACUGUGUAUGAUGUGUGCCCGCUCUGCAGUGCUCCCCAUCGGACCCCUUAUACUGCAGUGCUCCCCAUCGGACCCCUUAUACUGCAGUGCUCCCCAUCGGACCCCUUAUACUGCAGUGCUCCCCAUCGGACCCCUUAUACUGCAGUGCUCCCCACCGGACCCCCUAUACUGCAGUGCUCCCCACCGGACCCCCUAUACUGCAGUGCUCCCCACCGGACCCCCUAUACUGCAGUGCUCCCCACCGGACCCCCUAUACUGCAGUGCUCCCCACCGGACCCCCUAUACUGCAGUGCUCCCCACCGGACCCCUUAUACUGCAGUGCUCCCCACCGGACCCCUUAUACUGCAGUGCUCCCCACCGGACCCCUUAUACUGCAGUGCUCCCCACCGGACCCCCUAUACUGCAGUGCUCCCCACCGGACCCCCUAUACUGCAGUGCUCCCCAUCGGACCCCCUAUACUGCAGUGCUCCCCAUCGGACCCCUUAUACUGCAGUGCUCCCCAUCGGACCCCUUAUACUGCAGUGCACAAAAUGAAACCACUGUAGGGACCUCCGAUGUAUAACCUACAGUGCACUGUAAUACCUACAAAGAACCCUCUUCUCCUAAUACUCUCCAGUGCCCUCUACAAAGACCCCCCCCCCACACCUGCCCACCAGGCCUUAGUUGGGGGGGAUCCAGCAGUGCAUUGGAUCUGCUCACAGCUUCCAGGACCACCACCAUCCUGCACCCAGGCUUCCAGGACCUACAUAUGGGUCCCAUCCAGUGGACUCGCACCUCUGAGCUCUCAGUAUCGAUGCUGCAGAAAGGAGAAUCAACCACUUCCUAUUCGUAUCGCCGCGUGUAAAAUCUGACCCUAUAAAUGGGCGGCCGGAGCCGGGGGUCUCCCCGGGAUAAGACCCUACACACAACAGAGACCCCCGGUAAGCCUUGUGCUGGGCACACUGACCCCACACGGGGUGGUGCUAUCCUUUAUCCUGCGGCUCAGGGCGCCCGAUACAAAACUAAUCAACCCCCUAAUACUCUGCGGCCCCCGAUAUCGCAGCAAGGUGAUUGGAACUCGAUGAGAAUGAUUGGAGUUUCGGCUCCCGUUCUCGGCUGCUAUCUCCCCUUUAUUUGGAUGCUGACAAUCUGAACGCCAGGACCACGACUUACUGCCAUAGAAUCCCAUUCCUUGUCCCUGCCACGUCUGCAGUGACUCCCCGGGGCCACGCUGCAUCCGUAAUACUGCACUGCACAUGUCUGCUAUUUAAAGGGAAUCUCCACCCAGAUAAGGUUCCUUUAGAGUAGGGUUCCCCAACCUGUGGCUCUCCAGCUGUUUAAAAAAACUAAAUCCCAGCAUGCCCUGGGCAGGAGGUUUAGCUUUACAAUAAAUCUAUGUACACCCUGGAAGAACUGUUUUAAAGGACAUCUUCAGCGUGAUUAACCCUUAUCCCCUAGGGGAUAAGUGUUUGAUCGCGGGGGGUCCGACCGCUGGGACCCCCUGUGAUCUCCUGUACGGGGCCGCGGCUGUCCCGUGCAGGGGGCGUGCCGGCCUCAGCAUGACGUUGCAGCCGCCACGCCUCCUCCAUACAUCUCUAUGGGAGAGGCGGGGAGGCAGCAUUCGUGCCUCCCCCAAUAGAACUGUAUGGGGACGGGGAGGAGACGGGGCGUCACCGUCGACCUCUAGGCUGACGCUACGCGCCUUAGCGCUCACCAUUAGCGCCCCGUUAGGGAGACCGCGGGGGGUCCCAGCGCUCGGACCCCCCGCAAUCAAACACUUAUCUCCUAUCCUGGGGAUAAGUGUCAUAUCGCUGCAGUUGUCCUUUAAGGUUUAUUAACAUUGAUAAACUACAACUCCCAACGUGCACUUGCAAAACUUUUACAACUCUUUCAACAUUUUUACCUAGGAAUGCUGGGAGUUGUAGUUUUGCAUUAGCUGGAAAAAGCAGUGUUUCCCAACUAGUGUGCCUCCAGCUGUUGCAAAACUACAACCCCCCAUUGUGCCCGGACAGCCGUUGGCUGUCCGGGAACAAUGGGAGUUGUAGUUUUGCAAUACUUUUACAAAUGCAGCAAAACUACAACUCCCAACAUGCCCUUACAAAACUGUCGCAAAACUUGUUUUACCUGGGCAUGCUGGGAGUUGUAGUUUUGCAUCUGCAGGAGAGAGAGCAGUGUUUUCUCCAACCAGUGUGCCUCCAGCUGUUGCAAAACUACAACUCCAUUUUUCCCUGAACAUGCUGGGAGUUGUAGUUUUGCAACAUUAAUAAAGCUUUUUGUGUCAGGGCUUUGUGGGAAUUCCUUUACAAAUGAUGCAACACUACAAUUCCCAGCAUGCCCUGACAAAAGUCUUGUAAAAGUUGUCGCUUUGAAUCAGCUCGAGCAUGCUGGGAGUUGUAGUUCUGCAGCAGCUGGAAUGCUACAGAUUGGGAAACACGGUAACAGAUCUAACUGCACCAACUAAAUAUUACUUUAAAAACCAAUCAGGAGGCCGGAAAGUAAGUCCCGCCUCCUGACUGCUUCGUUGCACAAGUCAGGACUGCAGGGGAAGGUCAUGUGACCCCACAAAGCUCUAAUAAUAAAGUUAAGGGGGCUCAGAGGGACUUUUGUGACUUUUUUUUUUAUUUUUAUUUUUUUUACAGCCUCCCCGAUUGUUCCUUGGUAAUAUUUAGUGGGUGCAGCUCCGCCCGCCUAAAGGAGUCUCCCAGAAUUAGAAAAACAAUUACCACUUUCUUCCAAAACAGCGCCACCCCUGUCCUCAGGUUGGGUGUGGAAUUGCAGCUCAGUUCCAUUAAAGUAAAUAGAGACUAGGUGUAAUACCGCACACAGCCUGAGGACAGGGGCGGUGUUUUUCUAAUCCUGGAUAACCCCUUUAAAGGGGUACUUAAGGGGAAAACAAUU